AUGAUCGGGCUGCACCCAUUGUGUGCAGUGCUGUUUACAGUUGGAUAUGCAAUGCGGGCAUAUGGAGCCGACGGGCACUAUAUUUACAACCCUGACAGCUCACAGAACCUGCUCGUCUAUAUUCUCAGCCAGGUUUUGAUCUAUAUAUGCCCUCCGCUCCUCGAACUCGCCAACUACCACGUUCUCGGCCGGAUGUUCUACUACGUCCCAAAUCUCGCACCCCUUCCCCCCGGCAAAGUCCUGGCCAUCUUCGGCGCCCUAAUGGCACUUGUGGAGGCACUGAAUGCUCUGGGGGUAGCCUUCAACGCUAACCCAACCGGCAGCCAGCAAGGAUUGGGAAAAGCUUUGAUCCUCGUCGCGCUCGCCCUUCAACUGUGCGUGGUUCUUUCGUUCGUUUUAAUAGCGGCCUCUUUCCAGUGGCGGUGCGCAAAAGCCAAUAUUCGUCGCAGGUCUCUGCCGACCCUUCUGGUCACGCUAGACAUCAGCAUGGGGUUAAUCCUGGUCCGUUGCAUCUACCGCCUGGUUGAACAUGUCGGCAACACGUCGGUGGAUCUCGGCGAUCCAGAAGAACUUAGAUCCCUGAGCCCCCUUUUGCGAUACGAGUGGUUCUUCUAUGUCUUUGAGGCGUCGCUCAUGCUCCUCAACUCUUUCUUAUGGAAUGUGUUCAAUCCGGGCCGGUAUCUGCCCAGACACCACACGGUUUAUUUGGCAGCGGAUGGCACGACGGAAAUCGAAGAGGAGGAAGUCCGCAAUGACCAACAUGUUCUGGUUAAAGCUGCGUAUGCGGCCGUCAAUGCGCUGACAUUUGGGCUGUUUCGCCUCUUUGUCCGCCAGAAGGAUGAAGAGAACCAUCCACUAACAGAGCGAAAUAAAUAG